AUGGUGUCAAUUAUGACGCCACAAAAUUGUAACGUUACCUCUAGGUUGGACCCAGAACAGGCUCAAAUUCCACUCAAAAUGAAAAAAUCAUCUAGCGCUGGCCUAUUUCGACUCUUCAGUAAAGGAACAAGUAGCGAACCAAAGUAUAAUUUAUCUCCUCCUCAGCAAGAAGAUCAGAAACUGUCAGUUUCAGCAGAACUACGCGGAUUAGGCCUAGAAGUUAUACCAUGCAAUUACAUUCGACCUCGUGGCUUGAAACUUGAGCCAAGAAAAGAAUCUACUCCCACACCGCGAAACUCAACGUAUAGGUCCCAUAGACCACCUCCUAUAGUGACGACCAGCGGCGUAAGCCUUGAGUUUACUAAUGAGUGCAAUCAAUCAAUUUUACCGGCCACCAAGGAAAAGAGUGAGCUAGGUCUCCGUCGUGCCUCCAAUAACCCUUUUCCAAACGGCCAUCUAGCGGUUGACCCGCAAUUGGCCAAUAAAAUGUGUACUGGAUCAGCACUCAAGUCCCCAAACUCACCUCUAAUGUCGCCUGUAUCACUCAUACAUGAGACAGGUCUCCCUGCAUUUGCUAGCUUACGUGUCCAGUUUGUUGUCGGAAGAAUUGCUAUGGACUUUGGAUCGUCAGCUCGAUGGACUGAUUGGUUAAACUCGUAUUCAAACGGGGAGUUUAAUAUUCAAAACCCACCCGCACCCCCACCUCUGAGUCCAACAUUUUCCCACCUCCCCGCUGCCUACCCGCGUGAUGAAGAACAGAGAUGCCUGUGCAGUAAAAAAUUCGAUCUUGUUUGGCGAGAAUCUAUGCAAGAGCGAGUUGGAGCACAUGUGAGAGCUGCAUUAAAGAAAUUUGGAACUCGUUACGGAUCCAUGAGUUUUUUUGAUGAAGAGUACGAACUUUUUAUAGCUGAAAAUGGAUACAACGUAUCACGUAUUCAAAGAAGCAACAGUAUCGCAGCACACGCCCUAUAUUCUACUGAAGUCCUUUCCGUCAUAGAUACCCAAAAAGACUGGCGCUUUCAAAGCAGUCCAAUUACCAUUGGCAAACCAUACAUUAGGUUCUUUGCAGCUGCUCCCUUGGUGACUCCUAAGGGUGAUAUAAUUGGCGUUCUCUCUAUAUUCUCACGAACCCCUCGCAAGUCAUUUACUCACGAUCAACGUCGGCAGCUAGCUGAAUGUAGUGCGGCCUUGAUGGCCGAUAUCAGUACCCAAUUAGACAACCCAAAAGGCACCCAAUCUCUACGCUUAUCACAACCGUCGAUUCUAUCCGAAAUAGCUCGAAAUUCCAAUGUAAAUGCGACGUCAAUCCAACAAGUAAAUUCACUAAUCAUGCAAGAUCCGUUAAAUCAGACAAAUACUGGAGAUAAUGUUGACGCUAAUCUCAUAUCGACAAAAAAACUUGAAAAUAAAAAAACCAAUUCACCAGCUCUUAGAUACCACCAACCUGACUCGACGGAAAACUUAACAGGUCUAAUUUUCAGUACCAAACCGUUACAGGGAUGUUCACAAGUCCCAGGCGAGCAAACACCUCCAUCUUCUGCAAAAUCAAAUUCUGGUCUUGGUUUCGAAGUCAUUAGAACUACGGCUAUAAAGAUUGACCCCCUUACUUCCAACAAGAGGGAGUAUAGUGUGCGUGGUGAUAGCAUUUCAUCAUGUAACGCGGCUAUCGUUCCUCACAACUCUUGCCAUGCUCGCUUACUUGGCAAUCCGAGUGAACUAGCUACCAACAAAAAUGGAGAGUUAAUUAGCGGUGGAAUUGGAGGCUCGCUAGGAGAAGGCCAUCCGAAAUUGUCACUAUUACCUCACACACCUGUAAAUUCGGAUCCUGUCGGUAAUUCUAUCCCCUCAACACAUGAGAAAACAACCUCAUCGGAUCUACGUUUACGCAACUUUACUCGCCCACUCUCUCCACUAACCACAUCUUUACAACUCACUGCUCAUGACUCAACCAAUAAUUUUCACCGCCCGGACUCACCACCUCAACCUAAAAAUGAGGUCAGUGUCGAAGACUUUAUGUUACUCAGUGAUGGUGAUAUAAUUGAAUUUUCUGACGAUCUUGUACCGGUCGAAUCAAAACUACCAGAGAAAAACGAAAUCCCUUUAAUGCCAAACAGCUGCGUUAAUACAGACUCAAAUUUUCAGAAAGAAACGACUGGGGACCCGAUUAGCUAUCCAUAUCAAAAUUGUGGAAAAGAAAUUUGGAUUUCAGAUGACACUUGUCCUCCAGUCAAUUCUCAAACGGAAUGCAAAGAUGUGACGAGAAAAAACGAAAAUCGCUCAUCUUGGCAAUUUCCUAGACCGAGAACUGACACUAUAGAAACCUAUUGUACAGGCUCGUCUUUUCCUACGAGUGGAGAUGAAAAUUAUAGUCCAAAAUCACCUUCAUCUUCUGUAUGUUAUCCACCGAUCCCACUUAAUUGUGACCCAUCAUUUCAAAAAAAUCCUUUUUGCGACGUCAGUAAAACAAAGUUGGAGUCUACUCAAUUUGAGACUUUCGAAACUGGAUCAUCCAAAAAUAACUGUCAGGCUGUAAGCAAUUUUUCCCAACUACCAUUCGAUGAAAGUUCUCGAUGUCAUCCAUCACCAUCACUCCACGAUAGUCGAUGUCCUUCUCUGUCCCUCUCGAUGAAUAGUGCUGCUGUGCACAAAAGGCCUACGCAAGAAGCCGUUAGCCAGUCCGCAAUAUCUCUUGCUUCUCACUGCAAAUUAAUGGGCUAUAGUCUAAUGUACAUUGCCAAGGUGUAUCCAUACCGCAGUAGUCGAUACAAUACAAACGAGCCUGAGAUAAAUGCCCAAAAGCUUGACGAUAUCAAAGUACAACUUCUGACCGCCCAUGGCCUGACUGAUACUAUCCAACUAUGUCCACUAAUACACCUUAGAGUCCUGCGAAGUCGAGGGCCCACUACUUGGGAAGAUCAGAGUGAACAUAAUGAAUUCAAAAAAGGGAUAUUAAUGGUAAUUAAAUCCGAAGGGGGGCCUCUUAGACAACGCAGCCGAGGGCUAAUAUUGGGAGCUUUUCGUGAAGCUCAAGCAAGCUCUGAUCUCAAACCUCAGGAUACGGCUAUGGAAAUGAAAGCUCUUGUUGCUUUGGCGCAAAAUCUGAAGCUAAUACUCACGACAUCGUCGAGCUCGCAAUCCUCACAAAUUUCGAACAUGUCUCCUGAACCAAGCGCUUGGCUCCCAAACGAUAAGCUGGGAACAAAUCUUGUUAUUGACCUGCAUGUAAAGCAUAUCAUUGCAUCAUAA